CAUAGAAGUCCCCCAUAACCAUUAACCAUAGUAGUUCUUACCUCUUAGUUCCUUCUACACACUACAACACUACACACACUAUAAAUCUAUAAUACUCUCGCCACUUUAAUUUUCCUUCUCUACCAACUGUCCCUUUCAUGUUGUCUCUGCUCUCUGCCCCCUCCUCCCUCUACACCAUCAUUCAUCAACACAACAAACAACUUCACCACAAAAACCCUUCUUCUUCUUCUUCUUCUUCUUCAUCUCUCUCUAACAAAUGCAAAGACCUCCAUUCACACUUUUCACGGUACCAGUUUGAUCCAUGUUAAAAUGAAGUCCAAGACGCACUCCCACGGCGGGAAUGGACACGACACUGACGGCGCUUCCGCCACUGGAGGCGGCGGAGGAGGAGGCGGGAGUUGUAGCUCUCCGAGCCCACCACCCUCGCCGCGGCGUCACUCCGGCAUAUCCCACUGCAGGCGUCGGCUCCGGCCGGUGAAAUCAAUAUCGAAUCGGAGCUUAGGAACGCUGGCGGCCGGCAUCAUGACCCGCCGGAGCCUCCGAUACUUCUUCCUGCUGCCUCUCCUCUACAUUUCUGGCCUCCUCAUGUGCGUCGGUCCUUUCUCCGCCUUCAUCGGUGGCCCUCCCCUUCCCGGCUCCGUUUACCGGAGUCACGAGGUCUUCCGGCACCUAUGGCCGGCGAUGGAGUCUGAUAAUUCUUCCGCCAUUGUGUUGUCUUCUGUGUGGAAGUACAAAAGGAAGUUGAGAGAGCAUAAAGCAUGUCCAAAUUUGAGUGCUUUGCAUCAUGAGCAAUUUGCAUCUCCUGGCCUGAACGGAUUUUUAAUUGUGGAGGCCAAUGGUGGUCUUAACCAGCAACGCUCUGCGAUUUGCAAUGCUGUGGCCGUGGCUGGGUUGUUGAAUGCAAUACUAGUUAUUCCGCACUUUGAGUUCCACAAUGUGUGGAAAGAUCCAAGUGAAUUUGGGGAUAUAUACAAUGAAGAUCAUUUUAUAUCCACGCUUGAUGGUUAUGUGAAGGUCGUUAAAGAACUUCCCGAGGCACUAAUGGAGAAGCAUAACUACAAUAUCAGUAAUAUUACUAACAUCAGAGUUCGAGCUUGGGCUCCUGUCAGUUAUUACCUGGGAGUUGUUUAUCCAAUCUUGCAAAGUGAAGGGGUUGUCCGAAUAGCUCCAUUUGCCAACCGUUUGGAAAUGAGUGUCCCCCCACAUAUUCAAUAUCUAAGAUGUCUUACUAAUUACAAAGCAUUGAGGUUCUCUUCUUCAAUAUCAAUGCUGGCUAAGAAGCUGGUUAACCGAAUGAUUGAAAAGAGCUCAAGGUCAGAUGGAAAAUAUAUUGCUGUGCAUCUUCGCUUUGAGGAGGACAUGAUAGCAUUCUCUUGUUGUAUAUAUGAUGGAGGAAAGGCAGAGAAAUUGGAAAUGGAAUCAGCUCGAGAAAAAGGAUGGAGGGGGAAGUUUAAAAGGAAAGAUCGCAUCAUUUUACCUAACCUUAAUCGUGUCGAAGGAAAAUGCCCACUUACUCCUUUAGAGGUUGGAAUGAUGCUCCGUGGCAUGGGAUUUGACAACAAUACGUCAAUAUAUUUGGCUUCUGGGAAAAUAUAUCAUGCCGAGAGAUAUUUGACUCCUUUGAAAACGAUGUUUCCCAAUCUGUAUACAAAGGAAUCCCUUGCAACAUCAGAUGAGCUUGCUCCUUUUAUGGGCUAUUCCUCUCAGCUGGCUGCACUUGACUACACAGUUUGCUUGUUUAGUGAGGUUUUUGUCACAACUCAAGGCGGUAAUUUCCCUCAUUUUCUGAUGGGCCAUAGAAGAUUCAUCUAUGAUGGGCAUUCCAAGACCAUUAACCCCGACAAGCGCAAGCUUGUUCUUCUUUUGGAUGAUGUGGAUAUUAGUUGGAGAACUUUAAAGGAAGAGAUGGAAGAUAUGCUCAGCGAGAGUGAUCGUAAAGGAAUCAUGGUACCCAGAGUUAGAAAAAUUAACAGAAAAACUUCAAUCUACAUGUACCCCCUACCAGAAUGUAGGUGCCUACAGCAGUCUAUGGCUGAUCAAAUCGAUCAGAUCAGACAUUCCGAAUAAUCACACAGCUGAAGAAUGCCUCAAAUGGGUGACAAUCUUCAUUUCAUUUAGCAUCUGUACCAGGUCAUCAGAUUUAAUGGUAUUGUGUGGUACUUUGGUUUGGUGCUAGAAAAGGGGUGAAGCUUGUUAAGAAUGAGUUUUAUGGGGAAAUUUUUUACAUAUCAAACUCGUCCAUAAAAUUUCUACCACAUUUUUGUAUGUCCCCGCAACCAAGCAUACCCUUGAGUAUUAGAUCCAAUUCCAUGGCUUUGGUGUUUCAACUUCAAGUUUUAAGGUUUCUUUGAAGUUGUUUCUUCUUGUCUGGCAAGAUAUGAUAGCUUGAUAGAUCUCCAAUUUUGUGUCAUUAGUUGGUGCCACUGCAUGAAGAUUCCGUGUGCAUGUUGCGUGUUUUACAUGGUGGUGGCGUUUUCUAGCCUCCAAUGUAAAAGGUGGGGCGUAUUCUGGGAAAGGAUAUAUAUACAUAACCGGACUAGAAGAGUCAACUGUCAAGUGUAGAGUUGUAUUUUUAUCUUCUUAUAGAUCAAUGUUGCUUGAACCGA